CUGAUAUAAAAUAAUGUAAGGGGAAUCCUGGGAUAUGACGUUUUAAGCCUGUACACCAACACGCUAUCUAGCGAAACAUGCUGGACUUUGUUUUGGCUGAGAAAGCUUUAUUUUUAAUGAUAUAUGAGUUUCUGCAAUGUUAGAAGUUCACCAUUCUCAACUGAUAAGUAUCGUUUUUCUUACGUUAAUUUACUCAGUCGUCCGUUAAAAAAAGAAACACAUUUAUAUCUCAGUAGGUGGUGAAUCAGAGGCAUGCUAACUAGCUGUAGCUACCUGGAUCUUCUACAUUUAACUUAUAUAUCCUAGUAUAAUGUUGCCUGAAUUACUGCAAGGCAUUGAAUCUGGAGGGCUUCUUAUAAUCCAAGAUUCUGCUUCUUAUUCUGGGCGACAUCUACUGCAGAGCUUCAUCAAUGCUGCGUUGAACAGGGAGGAAGCUGUCCAUGUUCUUGGCUUUGAGGUCAGUGAAGAAGAGCUGAAGGAUGGAUUGAGAGGAUCACCUGUACAGAGGCUCCACUUUCACAAUGCUUACACAGACCCCCUGGGCUGGACCGAUCACCCAGCUUUCACAGUUCACCACUUCUGUUUGGAGGAACUUGCACGUCUGGUCAAGCAAACAUCUCACUCCAAACCUGCUACCUUAGUGAUUGACUCUCUUUCGUGGAUUUUGAGACAUGUCAGCCCUCCUGAUGUCUGCAAGACUCUUCAGCAACUUAGAAAAGGGGGAGCAGUGAGGGCUAUUAUUGGUCUGCUCCAUGCAGACAUGCAUCAGAGGGGGACUGUGGGAAGUGUAUGCCGCUUGGCCACUUCAGUAAUCACUGUAGCACCUGCAACGAAGGGAGACGAAGCUGUGGCAAAGAUAACAAAGCGGUCAAAAUCUGGGAAAGUGAUUCAAGAUGAGGAGAUUUUCAGAAUCAAAGAUGAUCUUACAAUUGUGAUACAAAGCAAGUCCAGCCAACCUGGAGCCAAAAAGGCUGACUCUGAAGAACAAGAGACGGACCCAACAGCCAACUUGACAUUCAACCUUAGAUUAUCUGAUACAGAGCGUGAGGCCAAAGAGAAACUUGCACUUCCCUUUGUGUUCAGCAAAGAAAAGAAGACAGCUCUGCUCCACUCAGGACCAGGUUCCGGACGAAUUCUAUACGAGCCAGAUGCCAACGAUGACUAUGAUCGAGAUCCCGACGAUGAUCUUGAUGUGUAGGAUUCGGCAACAAAACCAACUUGCUAUUCAAGACACUUUUUGGUUUACAGUAGUAGGAUUCUUACCGCCAUCACAUGGAGUUUUGAAGAUAUAAAUUAAUGUACAUUUCUGCAGGAACUCUGUAUUAUGUUUAGGAAAUGGGUUUAUCCAAGAGUGUUUUAUAAUAUUAUUUAUCGCCUUUUUUCAAGAUACUUUUUUUUCUUGCUGAAUAAAACUAUGCCUUUAUCCAACAGUUACAACACUUUGUUUUUCCAUCAUAUUGAAGGUUGUACAUGUUAUGUACAAUCUCAUGUCCAUCUAGUGCAUCAUCCAACUGUCUCUUUACACAAUGAUUUGUUGCAGUUGUUGCAGAGGUCAGGACAAAAUAAUUACUAGCUGGGUCACAAGACUAAUUCAUUGAUACCAGAGGAAAACAUAUGUUCUGUUAACCAAAAAAAAGCUAUUUUUCUGACUUUUCUGAAGAUAUUUAUUUUAUCUUUUCUAAAAACUCUAACAAUCCUACAUUAUACAAUUCUUCCAUCAGCCACGAUUAAAAGUAAUAAUUUCUAUUGACUGCA